AGUCGGCGAGCCGGAGAGACACACAGGCAACACACGCGAGAGGCGUCUUCAAAAGCAUCAAGGAUUUUGAAAACUUUCCUCAAAGUUCACCUACUUUUGAUAGCUUUUUAAGAGGAGUGUGAAGACUUUUUUUUCUUGUUGUUUUUUUUUCUACCAUUGAAAAUUGCAAUGCUCCCAUUCUACCUCCUAACUUUUGCUGCCACCAUCCAAGCCCACAACCAGCUGUUGCCAGGCUCAUGCAACUUUGAAUCCAACACCUGCGGAUAUACUUCGGAUUCAGAGUUUGCAAGCUGGACACUGCAGAAAGAUGGUCAUUUUGUUGCGGUGGAAGCAGUCAAAAAGGAUGAACUGGAUGAUAACACAGGUUCAGGUACCGAACCACAGAGAGAGAACACAGGAAUCCUGCUCAGUCCGGUUCUGGAGUAUGAAGAGUGGAGUUGCCUGAGGCUUGUCUACCAGAUCACUGAGUCGGGAAGUUUGGAGGUCCUGCAGCGCACCCAGGAAAAGAGCUUUGACAAAUUGCUGUGGAGCAAUCAGGCACCCUCCGACAGCUGGGUGAUCUCAAGCAUGGAUCUGCAGAACAACUCCGAGCCUUACAGGGUCGUCAUCGAAGGUAAAUCUGGAGCGAGUGUUGGGAGCAGCGUGGCCAUCUUUGAGAUCCACAUUAGCCGCGGAUACUGCCUGGAAUGUGAUUUUGAGGAGCCUCACCUGUGUGGAUACACAAACCAAUGGAAUGCCAACGUAAACUGGUAUGUGGGAGGAGGUGUGAUCAACUCUCUGAACAUCAACAUGCCAGAUGACCACACAUUCCAUAACCAGACAGGGCAUUUCAUGUACGCGGAUUCCGGCUACUCCAAGACUUUCAAAGAGGUGGCGAAACUGGUCUCCCCCAUGACAAAUGUGCCGAUGUCUGGGUGCCUGAGUUUUCAGUACCAGCGCACAGAGGACAAAGGAAACCUGUUCUCUGUUUACACCCGUGACCGCCUGGGCCAGUACCAGGAGUUGUGGAGGGCUGGAUCAGAGGACCAGAGUGAGUGGUCCGAAGUAUUUGGAGAGUGGAUACCGGUGCAGGUGGACCUCAAAGCGCCAUACUCAGUACAGGUGGUCUUUGAGGCGGCCUUCCGAAGUGCAAGUGGUGGACAUCUCGCCCUUGAUGACAUAUCCUUCUCUCCAGAGUUUUGCAGCACAGACACAGAGCCGACCUUCGACCCGUCAAUUGCCAACUGUGAUUUCGAGUCCGGUUUCUGCCUCUACACCCACGACCAGGUGACAGGGAAAUCGUGGAGAAGAGUUGCCGUGAAGCCAAACAUAUUUAGAAAUGGAGACCACACCACAGGCGCAGGAUCUUUUCUGUUGGCUCACUCCCGACUGGGCCCGCGGUCCGGCUACGUAAGCCGCAUAAUCGGCCCAACUCUGCCCGGGAACAUGAAGUACUGCCUGAGAUUUUACUUCUCCCUGAUGGGAUUCAACCAGACGGAACAGGCUCUGACUGUCUAUCUGCUGCAGCAGCAGAGCGGAAGCCAGGAGAAGAUUUGGACGCACGCAGAGAGGUCCAGGGGACUCUGGAUGGCGGCAGACGCCUCUUUCCAGCCGUCACAGCCUGCCAAGAUGGUUUUCGUCAGCACCUGCAGGAGUUUCUGGGACUGCGGCUCCGUGGCUCUGGACGACAUCACUUUGAGCCUCGGCGACUGUGAGUUAACAGAAGGACUGUUGUCGUCCCCUCUCUCUGGACACUGUGACUUUGAGGAAGGGAUGUGCGCUUACACCCAGGAUAAAAAGGGCGAUGUAGCCGACUGGGAGCUGAGGAGAGGGUCCACCCCAACCUCAUACACUGGCCCCAGAGGGGACCACACCACAGGACUUGGAUACUACCUCUACAUGGAGGCGUCGCCAAUGCUGCAUGGUCAGAACGCACGUUUACAGUCCCGCCCCCUCAGGGGAGCCAGGGGGCCGCAGUGUCUUCAGUUCUUUUACCACAUGUAUGGCUCGGGCACGGGCCAGCUCCGAGUUCUCAUCCAUCAUGACGGAGAGGAAGUGCUGCUGUGGCAACGGACUGGCGAGCAAAGCAUUUCCUGGUUGAAGGCCCAAGUGGAGUACAAGUGUAACAGAAAGCAUCAGAUUGUACUUGAAGCCAUCAGAGGACCAACAGUAAGGAGUGACAUUGCUCUUGAUGACAUCAUUUUGGAAGGAGGCCCUUGCCCAGACAUGGAGAGCGGGUCCACCUUAGGAUCUUCAAAUGAGAUCGAGUAGGAGUCACAUAGCUGCUUAUGAUCCAUGCCACCGCCAUCCUCUGACCUUUUUUGCACAUUUCAGACUGCUCCAAGUGUCUCUGACUCUGAAAUGUCAGUCUGAGCGUGUGGAAUAAGCUAAUCGUUUCUUGUAGUUCUGUUUUCAUGGGUCAAAACAUAUUGGAUUAAUUAUAGUCGACGCAACUCUGCCCCUGCAGGGGAUGUUAAUCUGAGUUAAUCUGACUUCACAUUUAUAUGCAUUAGAUUAAUGCUCAUUGCCAAAAUAAAGCGAGAUUGUUCUUUAACUCCAUUUCUCACGUUUUUUUCCUCAGGAAAACACUUCCAUAGAUGUUCAGCAUAUGUUGUUACAGUUGAUUUUGGACAAAUAUUUAAAAGCACAGUAAUGAAAAAUUCAACUCG